AUGACAGCUCCGACAAUUCACACAGAAGAGGCCCUUCGUCGGGUCAUUUAUACUACCCCCAUAAUUGACCAUCACGCCCAUCCUCUCCUCAAACUCAUCGCGAUAAGAAAACACCCCCUUCUAUCCAUCGCUACCGAGGCCAACGGAGAUGCUAUCGGAGACUCAAAGACAAGUCUGGCUCACCUCCGCGCCGUGAAGCUCCUCUCUCGGCAUCUAGGCACUGAGCCGACCUGGGAUGCCGUCGAAGCUGCUGUGAUAAGAAAGCAAAAGGGCAACUAUGACGAGUGGAUAAGGACAUGCCUCUCAGGAAUCGAAAACAUAUUGGUCGACGAUCUCUUGGGCGAUCCCGCUGAUGUUGAGCCCUAUCACACGCUUGAUGCCUAUACGAGGAGCCCCAACAAGCGUAUUCUUCGCAUCGAGGAAGUCGCGGCAGGCUGUAUCGAAAAGGCAUGUGGACAAUUCUCGCACCCUUCCGAGGCAUUCUCUGGAUCUGUCGAGAACUUUAUGAAUGCCGUAUAUGAUGCUCUUGAUGAUCCAGAAAUUGUCGGUUUCAAGUCGGUCAUCUGCUACCGAACAGGUCUUGCCGUCACUCAAGUCACCGACCUUGAGAUCAUCAUGCAAAAGUUCCAGCUCAUCUUUGACGAAAGAAAAGAGGACGGUGCUCAGAUAUUCGAGAGACUUGAUCAUGAACCUCUAAAUGACUACUUCCUUCAUAUCUUGGCAGGCUUGAUUCAAAACAGCGAGGACGAGCACAAAAAGCCAAUCCAGUUCCACACUGGUCUGGGCGAUAACGACAUUACAUUGUCAAAGUCAUCACCCGCUCAUCUACAAGAGUUUAUCAAGACAUACCCAGACGUCCCGAUCGUUUUGCUCCACGCCAGUUAUCCAUUCACCCGUGAGCUGGGGUAUCUGGCCACCGUUUACGCAAACGUUUAUGCUGAUAUCGGAGAAGUGUUCCCUUUCAUCAGUCGCGAAGGACAAGAAGGGGUUGUCCGACAGAUUCUGGAGCUCUGUCCGACAUCAAAGAUUCUCUGGAGCACCGACGGACAUUUCUUCCCAGAGACGUACAUCGUGGCUGUGGAUCAGCUCCGAGAAGUGUUGCAGACUGUCCUGGUAGAUUAUGUCAACAAGGGAGAUUUCUCUUGGACACAAGCAGCCCAGAUGACCCGCGACAUGCUCUUCAAUAACGCAAACAAGCUCUACGACCUCGGCUUGGACUUCAAGCCAUUACUCACAAACUCCAGUCAUGGGCUUGAAUGCUCAGAGCAGAAUAACAUUGCAACGCUCUCCAGGUUCCUCAAGAACAAGGAAGAACCAAGGUUCUUGCAGGUGACUUGGACCGAUUUCACCGCCAUGACGAGGGUGCGAGCGAUUCCCAUGCGUCGUGUCUGGUCUCUACUGCGUAGUGGAGAGGAUUUUUCAUUUGGUGUAACCAAAGCUGGCCUUGGCAUUGAUCAGAGAGACCACCCAGUACCCAGCGUUACCCCGACAGGAGAGUACAGGCUACAUCCAGAUCUAAGCACCCUUCGUCUUGGUCCCCGAAAAGGAUAUAUCACAGUUAUGGGUGACUUUAAGGAGAAGGAUGGAUCUGCUGCGUCUCUCUGUACACGCACUCUCUUGAAGAGAACACUUGACCAAGCAGCCAAGCAAGGGCUCGAGUUCACGCUCGGAUUUGAGAUCGAGCUCGUCCUCUUCCGUCGUUGCGGGACGGCCAAGUACGAACCUCUGGAAACAGACGGGCACGCGUGGUCUGUGACCCGAGCUCUGGACCAUGAAGCGGCGACUGAGGUUCUUGAAGAUGCUAUCGAGAAACUUGAUGCCGCCGGUAUAUACAUUGAGAUGAUGCAUCCCGAAAGCGCCAAUGGACAAUAUGAAUUCGUGAUGCCCACAGCACCAGCACUGGAGGCCGUGGACAACCUUCUCUUCACAAGAGAUGUUAUCAGUGGGUGUGCUACAGCAAAGGGAUUCCGCAUGACGCUUCACCCCAAGCCAUAUGCGACGUCGUGUGGAACAGCAGCACACAUGCACAUGUCCAUCUCAACACCGAUUGGGUCAGAGAAGGACGUUUACGAACCCUUCUACGCUGGUAUUCUGAAGCACCUCCGGGCCAUCGCGGCAUUCACGUAUAGCAGCAAGGUCAGUUAUGACAGAGUUGUAGAUGGCUGCUGGGCUGGUGGUACUUGGGUUGCCUGGGGCACUCAGAACCGCGAGGUGCCGCUGCGCAAGGUCGAGGGCAGUCACUGGGAGAUCAAGUGCAUCGACGGAAUCGCCAACCCUUACCUGUCGCUCGCGGCGAUCAUACUAUCAGGCGUGCAGGGACUCGAUGACAACGAGGGGCUCGUCUUGGGAGAUUGCACAAAGGAUCCCGCAUUACUGUCCUCGUCAGAAAGAGAAGAGCUCAAGAUAAGCGUGAGGUUACCCCGGAGCAUACAAGAGGCGCUCCAGGCUCUGCAGCAAGAUAAACAGUUGGUUGGGUUGCUUGGUGCAGAUGUAGUGCAGAGAUAUACCGAGAUCAAGAAGGCCGAGACAGCUGUCCUGGAGGAGAUGAGUGUUGACGCGCGAUGGCAGUGGAUUAUGGAGCGAUACUGA